AGAUACACAAGCGCACGCCGCGCGAGACGAGCAGGAUUGCCGCUGGGACAAACACGAGCUUCUUCUAAUACACACAACAGACACAUACCCGUCAAAAAGUCGUUUCUGAAUGAGUUUGCCAAGAGCUUUUAAAGAAAACUUUAAGCUUAAUCAGAGGAAUUACUGUCUGGACUGUACGAUGGGAACAUCAGCUUUAUCUUAAGCGUGUGAAUGCAGAGCAUCUAUACAGUGCACGGAGUUAGUGGUACCCUGAUCACCAAACACUGGACAGGACCAUAAUACAGAUGGAUACCUUCUUUGUUGAGGGAGCUUGUGUGUGGGUGCGGGAUAAGGAGCAGCUCUUUCCCUCCAUCGUCAGCUGCUGUGAUGACCGGACUCUCAUCCUCACCACAGACUAUGGAGAGGUGAUAACUCUGGAUCAGGGUGAGGUGAACAGGCUCAAGGUUUUCCCAAUGCAUCCCACCAGCAUCAUUGGAGUGGACGACAUGUCCACUCUGGCCGAGUUACAUGAGGCCGCCAUCAUGCACAACCUCUUUCUUCGUUACCAGAAGGACCUUAUUUAUACUAACAUUGGCUCCAUCCUAGCGGCCGUGAACCCUUAUAAGCAGAUAUCAGGGCUGUAUGAUGCCGAGGCAGUGGAUGUGUACAGCAGACAUCAUCUGGGUGAACUACCUCCACACAUCUUUGCUGUGGCCAACGAGUGUUACCGCUGCCUGUGGAAGAGACACGACAGCCAGUGUGUGCUCAUCAGUGGAGAGAGUGGUGCUGGGAAGACAGAAAGCACCAAACUGCUGCUGAAGUUCCUGUCUGUCAUGAGUCAGAACUCCACAGGCUCUCCGCUGUCAGAGAGGACCACCAGGGUGGAGCAGGCCAUUGUACAGAGCAGUCCAAUAAUGGAGGCGUUUGGGAAUGCAAAAACCGUUUACAACAACAACUCCAGUCGCUUUGGCAAAUUCAUUCAGCUUCACUUCUCUCAGAGUGGAAAUAUUCAGGGAGGCUGUAUUAUUGAUUAUUUACUUGAAAAGAAUCGAGUUGUGCGGCAGAAUCCGGGAGAGAGGAACUAUCAUAUUUUCUAUGCAUUGUUGUCAGGUGCUAAGCAUGAGCACAGAGAAAUGUACAUGCUGGCUGAUUCUCCCGAGGCGUAUCAUUACCUCAACCAGUCUGGCUGUGUGAAAGACAGAAGCUUGAAUGACAAACACCUCUAUGAUGGUGUGAUGGAAGCUUUGAAAGUGAUGGAAUUCACAGAGGAAGAGAUUCGGGAUGUCUUCAAGCUGCUGUCUGGGGUCUUACAGAUCGGCAACAUUGAGUUCAUGACUGCAGGGGGUGCUCAGAUCACCACUAAAGGAGUGGUCAGUGUCGUCAGUGAUCUGCUGGGACUCGACUCCUUUCAGCUGUCUGAGGUUCUGACACAGCGGUCCAUGAUCCUUAGAGGAGAAGAAAUCUGCUCGCCCCUCACUGUGGAACAGGCAAUUGAUUCCCGGGACUCUGUGGCCAUGGCAUUGUAUUCCCAGUGUUUUUCUUGGAUCAUCACCAGAAUCAACCAGAAAAUCAAAGGAAAGGACAACUUCAAGUCCAUUGGCAUUUUGGAUAUCUUUGGCUUUGAGAACUUUGAGGUGAACCGGUUUGAGCAGUUCAACAUUAACUAUGCCAAUGAGAAGCUCCAGGAGUACUUCAACAAGCACAUCUUCUCUCUGGAGCAGCUUGAAUAUAACAGGGAGGGGAUACACUGGGAGGCCAUCGAUUGGAUGGACAAUGCUGAGUGUUUGGAUCUGAUCGAAAAGAAACUGGGCAUGUUGGCUCUUAUCAAUGAAGAGAGCAGAUUCCCUAAAGGCACGGACUACACCCUGCUGGAGAAACUACACAGCCGGCAUGCCACAAACCCUUACUACGUGAAACCAAGAGUGGCAGAUCACCAGUUUGGUAUUAAACAUUAUGCAGGAGAGGUAUUGUAUGAUGUGCGUGGCAUUCUAGAGAAGAACAGAGACACAUUCAGGGAUGAUAUUCUCAACAUGCUGAAGGACAGCAGGCUUGACUUCAUCUACGACCUGUUUGAGCGUGUUGGUAGCAGGAGUGGAGACGAGACUUUGAAGAUGGGCACUGCCCGCCGCAAACCCACCGUCAGCUCUCAGUUCAGGGACUCUCUUCAUGCACUGAUGGCCACUUUAAGUGCCUCCAACCCUUUCUUUGUGCGCUGCAUCAAACCUAACAUGGAGAAGAACGCAAAUAAAUUUGAUGCAGAUGUGGUUCUGAAUCAGCUACGUUACUCUGGAAUGCUGGAGACGGUGAAGAUCCGUAGAGCAGGCUUUCCUGUACGGAGAACCUUCCAAGACUUCCUCAGCAGAUACACAAUGAUCCUGAGGGACAAAAACCACACGGCGGACGAGAGGAGGAAGUGUGCAGAUCUGCUUACGAAGUAUGACGUCACAAAGAAAGAGUGGCAGCUGGGAAAGACUAAGGUGUUCCUGAAGGAAGCUCUGGAGCAGAGGCUGGAGAAGGAAAGAGAGGAGGUGCGCACAGCGGCUGGUAUGGUGAUCCGGGCCCACAUACUAAGUUAUGUGGCAAGAAAACACUAUAAAAAAGUCCGGACCAGCACCAUCACAAUCCAAAAGAACUACCGCGCUCACUUCUGGAGACAAGCUUUCCUGCGCUUCCGCUCUGCUGCCGUGGUCCUCCAGAAACACCUCCGCGGACAGAUCGCUCGGCAACUCUGUCGCCAGCUCUUGGAGGAAAAACAGAGGAGAGAAGAGGAGGAGAGAAUCAGAAGAGAGGAAGAAGAGAGGAGACGUCUAGAGGAGCUGAGGAGACUUGAGGAAGAGAGACGAAGACAAGAGGAGGAAAGGAAGAGAGAGGAGGAGGAGAGACAGAGGCUUCAAGAAGAGGAGGAACGGGAGGCUUUAAGGAUACAGCAGGAAGAGGAAGAGUUGAACAGGAGGCAGGAAGAACUCAAGAGCAAACAGAUACUGGAGGACAGAGAGGCAGGGCACAGCAGGAGUUUAGUGGGGAAAAAUCAUCACAACCACAAGGACGUGUCCCACAGCCUGUGUCAGUACUCAUCUGAAGAGGAGAGUCGUCAGAUGGAGGAGAUUCUGCGGUUGGAGCGAGAGAUUGAGCGGCUGCAGAGACAGAGAGACGAAGGGGUGUCCUUGCUAAACGACGGCUCCAGAGACGAUCUGCAGCAGAAGAGGGACGCCGAGAUCUACCGCCUGGAGAAAGAGGCUUCACGUGUGGCUACGGAGUUCCUGGAGAUGCUGGACUUCGGAGGCUUGGAGCAGUCGCUCUCCAGCGAGGAGAACCUUCACGACCCCUCUGAGACAACCGCGCCUCUGGCCGAGGAGGAGGUGGACGAAGGCUUCCACGCGGACGACGAGUGUAUUCCCCUCCGGGACUUCCCUCCCCCGCCUGCCAUGCCUCAGGACAAAGAGAUUCUCUCCAGUCUUCCGCCUCCACCGCCCGCCUUUGCCGAAGGUCUUAUGGCCACUACCUCACCUGCGCGGAUGGAGCGGCCGAAAUCCAAUUCCUCCAUCAAACAAAACAGACUUUCAGACAUUCCCCCGCCUCCAUCUUCAGCUCCACCCCCACCUCCACCUUUAGCUCCACCCCCUCCCCCACCUGUACCGGCACCAACCAAAGAAGACUAUGGAUUGGUGUAUAAAAACAGGAAGGUGUUAACAGAGAUUGUGCUGCCGGUGGAGGAGACCAGCUUCAGUAUUGUGCCCGACACGGAGUCAGACUAUGACCAAGAGGAGUUUGAGGAGGCAUUGGGAAGCUGUGGGGAUGCAGGAAGUACAAAUGAUGGACACCUCACUGAUGAGGAAGUGCUACGCAAAUCUUCCUGUACCUACAACAGCACAGACUCCUUUAGGGGAAGCUCAGACUCAUUCAUGGACAGCAAUGAUGAGAACGAUGGAUAUGUGGACACAGAUGAGGAGGUGUCAAACGGUAGAGUGCAUCUGCUUAAUGGAAGUGGACCUCCUUAUUUCCACAGCUACCUGUACAUGAAAAGUGGGCUGAUGAUCCCGUGGCGCAGGCGCUGGUGUGUUUUAAAAGACGAGACCUUCAUGUGGUUCAGGGCAAAGCAGGACUCUCUCAAGUCAGGCUGGCUGUACAAGAAAGGUGGAGGGAUGUCCACUCUGUCCCGCAGGAACUGGAAGAUGCGCUGGUUCGUCCUUCGAGACUCUAAACUCAUGUAUUUCGAGAACGACAGUGAGGAGAAACUGAAGGGAACCAUCGACAUCAGAGCUGCCAAGGAGAUUGUGGACAACCAUGAGAAGGAGAAUGCGCUGAAUAUCGUGACCGAGGACAGGACUUACCAGAUCUAUGCAGAAUCCCCCGAGGAUGCAAGUGGCUGGUUCAACGUGCUGAGCCGCGUCCACAGUGCCACUCCAGAACAGCUUCUGCAGAUGCAGCACGAGCAGGCCAACCCCAAGAACGCAGUUGGAACACUGGAUGUUGGGCUUAUCGACUCUGUAUGUGCUUCCGACAAUCCAGACAGGCCAAACUCAUUUGUUAUAAUCACUGCUAAUCGCGUGAUCCAUUGCAACACUGACACACCAGAGGAAAUGCACCACUGGAUCGGCCUCCUCCAGAAGCCUAAAGGAGACUCGAAAAUAGACGGCCAGGAGUUCAUAGUGAGGGGUUGGCUGCAUAAAGAGAUGAAGUCCAGUGGGAAGAGCACGUCUCUCAAGCUGAAGAAACGUUGGUUUGUUCUGACUAACAACUCACUGGAUUAUUAUAAAUCAUCAGAGCGCAGUGCCUCCAAACUGGGAACACUGGUGCUCAACAGCCUUUGCUCGGUUGUUCAGCCUGAUGAAAAAGUCUACAAGGAGACAGGUUACUGGAACAUAAUAAUCCAUGGGAGAAAGCAUUCUUACCGUCUCUACACCAAACUGCUGAAUGAAGCCAUGAGAUGGGCUUCAGCCAUUCAGGUGGCCAUCGACAACAAAGUUCCCAUAGAAACACCUACCCAGCAACUCAUCCGAGAUAUCAAGGAGAGCAGUCUUAAUGUGGAGGCUGUGGAGCAGAUGUACUGGAGGAACCCCAUCCUGAGAUACACACAGCACCCGCUGCACUCGCCGCUGCUGCCUCUACCAUACGGAGAGGUCAAUGUCAACUUGCAAAAGGAGAAAGGCUACACCAGCCUGCAAGACGAGGCGGUCAAGAUCUUUAACUCAUUACAGGAGAUGGAAGCUGUGUCAGACCCAAUGCCCAUCAUUCAAGGCAUCUUACAGACAUGUCAAGAUCUGCGGCCGCUCAGAGAUGAAGUCUACUGUCAGCUGAUCAAACAAACCAAUCACGUGCCUCAGCCCAACAGCCCCGCCAACCGGUCACACUGGCAUCUGCUCACCUGCAUGAGCUGCACCUUUCUGCCCAGCCGUGGCAUCCUCAGAUACCUCAGAUUCCACCUGAAAAGGAUAAAGGAGCUGUUCCCUGGAACAGAAAUUGAGAUGUUUGCUGUGUUCAUUGGCGAGUCGCUGAAGAAGACAAAAGCGCGGGAGUUUGUGCCUUCACAAGACGAGAUUAUCGCCCUCCUGAACAGACGGGAGAUGACGACGACGGUUUACUGCCAUGGUGGAGGUUCCUGCAAGAUUUCGAUCAACUCUCACACUACAGCAGGAGAGGUGGUAGAGAAACUGAUCCGAGGCUUGGCUAUGGAGGACAGCAGGAACAUGUUUGCUUUGUUCGAGCACAACAGCACGAUCGACCGGGCCGUGGAGAGCAGGGUGAUUGUGGCCGAUGUGCUGGCCAAGUUUGAGAGGCUGGCAGGAAGUGAGGUGGAGGAAGACGGCCCAUGGAAGCUGUACUUCAAACUGUAUUGUUUCUUAGAUGUGGAGAGCAUGCCCAAGGAAGGAGUGGAGUUUGUCUUCAUGUUUGAGCAGGCUCAUGAAAGUUUAAUAAGCGGUCACUUUCCUGCCCACGAGGACACCCUUCAGCACCUGGCUGCUUUACGUCUGCAGUACCUGUCUGGGGAUGUGUCUCGGGUGAACUGGAGCUUGGACAACGUCUACCCCACUGGCCGUCUGCGCAACCGCAUACUUCAGUUCACCAAAGUAGGAGGAGCAGCUGGACCGGGACAGACCCUAGAAAGGAGGAGGACGAGCUUCCUGGACGGCACGCUGAGGCGUGGACUCAAGACGGGCACUAUGAAGAAACAGCGCAGUAUGCAGGAGGAACAAAUGCUGGAAAUGUGGAUCAAGGAAGAGACCUCAGCCACCAGGGCCAGUGUUAUGGAGAAAUGGAGUCGCCUGCAUGGUCUGGAUCAACACCAAGCCAUGCUCAAAUAUAUGAACAUCAUCAAAGAAUGGCCUGGGUAUGGAUCUACGCUGUUUGAUGUGGAGUGUAAAGAAGGUGGUUUCCCUCAUGACCUCUGGCUGAGCGUGAGUGCCGAGAACGUGUCUGUGUAUAAGAGAGGAGAGGUCAAACCUCUGGAGACUUUCCCCUACGAACACAUUGUCUUCUUCGGAGCUCCUCUUGCCAGCACAUACAAGAUCACAGUGGAUGGGAGAGACAUGUUUUUUGAGACACCUCAGGUUGGAGAGAUCACCAAAAUAAUGAAAGCCUACAUCAACAUGAUAGUUAAGAAGCGAUGCAGCGUCAGAUCAGUGGCCAGCUUUGGGAGCAACUGGAUCAGGUGAUGAGUACUGACCAACCACAGUCAAGACGCUAGAGAUUUCCUUCUCAUUGAUGGAAAAAAGAGCUUAACAGCGGGGUUGCGGAUUGGCGAAUAUAAGACGAUGAUACAGGAACCAGUGAGAAGACAAACAUCAUUUAAAAA